AUGUUCGAAACCGUCUGUUCGCUGCCGCUUUCAUCGGACUUGUUCUCUCAGGCGAUCCACCCAAAUGAGCCAGUAGUGUCUGUUGGUCUGGCUUCAGGCCAUGUCCAAACUUUCCGAUUGCCGCACGAUGAAGCCGAUUCCGAUGAUGACGCCUCAAUUUUAUCUUCUCGCAAUGGCAGGGGUCACAUUGAUACAAUGUGGAGGACGAGACGCCACAAGGGCAGCUGUCGGUGCCUGGGAUUCAGCGUCGACGGAGAAAUGCUGUACUCCGCGGGCACUGACGGUCUCGUGAAAAUGGCCAGGUCGGAGAGCGGGCAGGUGGAGAACAAGAUUGCUAUUCCUACGGAGAGAAAUGGGUCAAUCGAUGCGCCUACCGUCAUCCAUGCUUUGUCCCCUCAGACUCUCCUUCUCGCGACCGACUCGAGUGCCCUGCACCUCUACGAUCUCCGUGUGCCAUAUUCCAAAGUGUCUACGCGUCCAGAGCAGUCGCAUCAUCCGCACGAUGACUACAUUUCCUCUUUGACCCCGCUUCCCGCGUCCGACACGAGUACUUCUGGCUUCAGCAAACAAUGGGUCACAACGGAUCAAGAGGAGGAAUUGGUCAGCUCGGCGUUCAUUGGAGGGUUGCCCUCGAGCGGAACUAGUCGUGGCGAGAAGGUUGCGGUUGGAGGUUCGAACGGCGUUGUGACUCUGUGGGAGAAGGGCGCAUGGGACGACCAGGAUGAGCGGGUCUACGUACAGCGCGAUGCCGGUGGUGGCGAAGCCAUUGAGACCUUGGUGGCAGUGCCGGAUGAUAUGGGCAUGGGCAAGGUAUUGGCAGCCGGUCUGGUCGGCAUUGGCUUCGACGUUGAAGGUCGCAUGGUCUCUGGCGGCGGUCAAAUUGUCAAGGUCUGGCAUGAGGCCGCAGGCGGCGACAGUCUAGGUAAACACAUGAUGGACAGCGACGAUAGCGACGACGCCGAUUCCGAUGACAGUGAUGCGGAGGAAGCACGGAAUGCAAUUGCGGGUGCGAACGAGCGCAAGAAACGCAAGAAGGGCAAAUCCGGUCGGGUCUUGUCAACACCGGAUGACCGAAUCCUGGAGGCCACUGAGCCUGUCGUCGCCCGUGAUGUCAAGCAGCCACUCAGCGAUGAUGAAUUGUCAAUUACCUACGACAUUGAGCGCACGUUGAAAGAGAUCCGCGAGGCGCGCUACAAGCGGAUCGCUCUUCAAUUCCCCGAUGAUAUGCUUCCCGAUGCGCCACGGGUCUUUCAGCUCUUGAGCCGCGGCUUGAGCUCUGCCGCCAUUGCCUGUGCGAAUGGAAACACGACCAGCCGCACGAACGAAAACGGUCUCGAGACGGGAGAGGGCAUUUCGCAGUCGGUGUCUCAGCUGUCUGUGGCAGAUGACACGGAAACGUGGACUCCUCGGCUGUACAUCCUCGCAGACACCUCCUACGGUACAUGCUGUGUGGAUGAGGUGGCUGCAGAACAUGUGGACGCAGAUGUGGUUGUGCAUUACGGCCGGUCAUGUCUGUCACCCAGUGCCAGGCUCCCUGUCAUAUAUGUUUUCACCAACAAAAGUCUACCUCUUGACCCUGUCGUCAAGGCUUUCAAGGCAACCUACCCCGAUUUGGCCACCAAGGUCAUUCUGGCCACCGAUGUGACCUUUGCGGUUCACGUCCCGGAGCUGCAGGCGCGCUUGGCUGAGGAGGGAUAUGUCAAUUUGUUUGCUACCGAGGUGGUCCAUAAUCCAUCAUCGCCCAUUCCCAAUCGCACUGUGCCUGAAACCGUCAAGUCAGCUCCAGAGACGCUGUCGGAUUGGCAGUUGUUCCACAUAUCUGAUCCUCCCACUGCCUUGCUUCUGACCCUCGCUUCUCGAGUGGCCGCCAUUCACAUAUAUCCCACCGAUCAAACAAAUAAUACUGAUGUCAAGCCAUUGCCAGCGUCCACUUCGGCCGCGCUAAGUCGCCGUUACGGAAUCAUCACUUCGCUGAACACGGUUCCUAUCUGGGGCAUCUUGAUCAACACUCUUAGUGUCAAGAAUUAUCUACACAUUGUGGACCACGUGAAGGAGCAAAUUGCUGCCGCCGGCAAGAAAAGCUACAUGUUUGUUGUGGGGAAACUCAACGCAGCCAAAGUCGCCAACUUCAGCGAGAUUGGCGGUUGGGUAGUCAUUGGAUGCUGGGAGAGCUCGCUGGUGGAUAGCCGGGAUUUCUGGAAACCCGUCAUUACUCCGUUCGAGCUGGAACUAGCUCUCCAGAGCGAUGCUGAGCGAGUCUGGACUGGAUCAUGGCAUAGCAACUUCCAAGAGAUUCUUGACAAACCAGCCGAAGAGAAACCAAGGGACGAUAACGAGCAAGUGAACCCCGACAGCUCGGACGUGAAUGGCGACGAGGAUGAUAUGUCAGAACCCGAAAGCGCACCACCCGAGUUCGAUUUACGCACAGGACGAUACGUCUCUCAUUCCCGUCCCAUGCGGGAUCCCGCACCCCGUUCUUCCACCCACAUCGACGGGCCAACCGCUGAGGGGCCAGCUGCCGCUAGAGCUCUGGCACGAAGAGCCAAGGGCGACUUGGCCAUGAUCGGUGGAGCGGUCUCGCCAGGAGCUCAAUUCCUGCAGUCUCAACGGACCUGGAAGGGGCUGGGGAGUGAUUUUGACAUUCGGUACGACGAUGAUGAUGACACAUCAGACAGCACACUUGUAAAAGAAGGGCGCAAAGGUAUUGCUAGGGGUUAUACUGUGGGUGAAUCCAGUGAGAAGCAUUAG